AUUUUGGUCACUCGCUGGGAUUUCAAUUUUCUCUUGGUUCUGAAAGGCGACGCCAUUUUUGUCAUCAGCAAGGGCUUCACUUCUCAGCAGAGCGCUCUCGCCGGAUAUCUGUUGGUUUCUUCGGUGUCAACGGGUUGGAUCGCCGACAGGGAGUUUUGAACAUGAUGUGCAUACUGGUGUAACUGUAUUAAGAAUUUAAGAUGGCAUCUUCACAUAAUAUCGAGUUGGAGGCAGCAAAGUUUCUGCACAAGCUCAUUCAAGAUUCUAAAGAUGAACCUGCGAAGUUAGCUGCAAAACUUUAUGUGAUCUUGCAACACAUGAAAACCAGUGGGAAGGAGCAUUCGAUGCCGUAUCAAGUCAUAUCGAGGGCCAUGGAGACUGUCGUGAAUCAACAUGGUCUUGACAUUGAAGCUUUGAAGCCAUCUCGUAUUCCUGUGGCUGGUGGAACUCAGAUGGGUGACUCUGCUUCUGCACAUAUGGCAGGGUCUUCCCACGUUGCUGGUGUUACCAAUGCUUCCAAAGCAAGUUCGGUUGAGAAUGAGUUAUUACAAUAUGAUGCAUUUGGUAGGCAGCUCGGUGGACCGAUCUGUGGUUCACAAGCUUUUUACCAAGGUUCUGGAACUCGUAGUAAUCGAUCCUUUGAUCAUGAGAGUCCAGCCAGCUUGGAUUCUAGGUCAGCAGAUUCCCAAUCUCAGGAUAGAAGUGAGACAAUGAAUCACAAAGAUGUCAAGUCAAAGGCAAAGAGAAAAAGGGGUGAAUCAUCAUUUUCAUCUGAGCCAAAUACAGACAAUUCUCACCAAUUUGAUGCUUACAUAGUAGGCGAUAAUCAGAAGGGCAAAAUUAGCAAAGUGGAAAUGUCUGGUAAUCCAGGUGAUAUUGGGAAUCUGAAUGUUGGAUUACCAUCAGAUGUAGACAAGAAGACACUGCAGGGUGGCUGGCAGAACAGUGAAGUUGCCGCAAUUAGAGCUCCAGGCCUUAGAGGUACUGGAAAAUCUAUUUCUCUGGAGGGAUUACCGCAAUCAGGUUCACCUUUCAAUGAGCAACAGUUGAAACAGCUCAGAGCCCAGUGCUUUGUCUUUUUAGCGUUCAGAAAUGGUUUGAUGCCGAAGAAACUGCACUUAGAGCUUGCACUUGGAAAUACUUUCCCCAUAGAUGUCUGCUAUACAGAUGGUUUUCGCAGAGAGCUGUUUGACCAUAAAGGGAGAACACAGUCUUCUGGUGAAUCAGGUAGCAUUCCCGAAGUCUCGCCACCAUUGUCCAGAAUAAAUAAUCCCACCAGAAGAUUGGCCGAAGUGGACUUCUCAUCAAAAGAAACUGAGAGAUCAAGAUUCGGAAACAAAAAUUCCUCAAAUGUGGAAUUUUCUGAUGGACAAAAACUUCUUUUAUCAUCUAGAACUCCAGACCCUCAAGUGCAAAACCAGGCUGCUGUUAGUCAUUUGGAGUUGGUGUCUUCUUCAACUGGUCUAAUCAAACAUGUGCCAUCUGAGGUCAUGGGCCGGGCAGGAAUUAGUAUCCGUAGUGACAUCUCAUCUUCUGCUGUUCAACUGGAUGAGUGUCUCGCUUCAGAUCAUGAAGAAAGUAAUGUGCAACCAUCGCUUCAGUACACCAUGUCGCAGAAAUGGAUUAUAGAUCAACAGAAAAAGAAACUCUUGGUUGAUCGGAGUUGGGCUCUAAAACGGCAUAAAGCAGACCAGGCAAUUGCGAUACGAUACAAUGAGUUGAAGGAAUCUGUGAGUUCAUCAGAAGAUAUAUCUGCAAAGACCAAGAGUGUGAUCGAGCUUAAAAAGCUUCAGCUGUUAAAUCUUCAAAGGCGUCUAAGGAGUGAGUUUCUCUACGACUUCUUCAAACCAAUUGCAGCUGAUGUUGAGCAUCUGAAAUCAUUUAAAAAAUAUAAACAUGGACGGAGGAUUAAGCAACUUGAGAAGUAUGAGUUGAAGAUGAAAGAAGAGCGGCAAAAGAGAAUUCGUGAAAGGCAGAAGGAGUUCUUUGGUGAGAUAGAAGUCCACAAGGAAAGACUAGACGAUUUGUUCAAAGUCAGGAGAGAAAGGUGGAAGGGAUUCAAUAGAUAUGCAAAGGAGUUCCACAAGCGAAAGGAACGCAUUCAUCGGGAGAAGAUUGACAAAAUUCAACGCGAGAAAAUUAAUUUGUUAAAGAUUAAUGAUGUGGAGGGUUACCUCCGAAUGGUCCAGGAUGCCAAAUCAGAUCGAGUAAAACAACUACUGAAAGAGACUGAGAAGUACCUUCAGAAACUUGGUUCCAAGUUACAGGAGGCAAAAUCUUUGUCAAGAUGCUUUGAAAACGAGGCAGAUGAUACAUGUAUGGCAAGCGCCUUUGAGGAUGAAACCUCUAUGGAAAAUGAAGAUGAGGGUGAUCAGGCAAAGCACUACCUGGAAAGCAAUGAAAAGUAUUACAUGAUGGCUCAUAGUGUGAAAGAGAACAUCACCGAGCAGCCAGCAUGUCUGAAGGGUGGAAAACUAAGAGAGUAUCAAAUGAAUGGCCUAAGAUGGUUGGUUUCGCUAUACAACAAUCACUUGAAUGGCAUUUUAGCUGAUGAGAUGGGUCUCGGGAAAACUGUCCAGGUCAUUUCUCUGAUUUGUUAUCUGAUGGAAACUAAAAAUGAUAGAGGUCCGUUCUUGGUUGUUGUACCAUCCUCCGUUCUGCCUGGUUGGGUAUCAGAAAUCAACUUCUGGGCCCCUGGAAUUCAUAAAAUUGUUUAUUGUGGGCCUCCAGAGGAAAGGCGCAAACUAUUCAAGGAGCAAAUUGUGCAUCAGAAGUUCAAUAUUCUUCUGACAACAUAUGAGUAUCUAAUGAACAAGCAUGACAGACCCAAAUUAAGCAAGAUCCUCUGGCACUAUCUCAUUAUUGACGAAGGACAUCGCAUAAAGAAUGCAUCCUGUAAAUUAAAUGCAGACUUGAAGUACUACUCUAGUUCACACCGGCUGCUGUUAACCGGGACCCCAUUGCAGAACAAUCUGGAGGAAUUAUGGGCUCUACUUAAUUUCUUGCUGCCCAAUAUUUUCAAUUCGUCAGAGGACUUUUCGCAAUGGUUUAACAAACCAUUUGAAAGUAAUGGAGAUAAUUCUGCGGAAGAGGCGUUGCUAUCUGAGGAGGAGAACCUACUGAUCAUCAAUCGCCUUCACCAAGUUCUUAGACCAUUUGUGUUGCGUCGGCUGAAACACAAGGUUGAGAAUGAACUUCCUGAAAAGAUAGAGAGACUCAUACGAUGCGAGGCUUCUGCAUAUCAGAAGCUAUUAAUAAAGAGGGUUGAGGAGAAUCUUGGCGCACUUGGAAAUGUGAAGGCCCGUGCUGUGCACAAUUCAGUGAUGGAGCUUCGAAAUAUAUGCAAUCAUCCAUACCUCAGCCAACUUCAUGUAGAGGAGGUCAAUAGCUUAAUUCCCCAGCAUUUUCUGCCUCCAAUUAUAAGAUUGUGCGGGAAGCUGGAGAUGCUGGACCGACUUUUGCCGAAACUCAAAGCAACGGACCACCGGGUUCUUUUCUUUUCCACGAUGACCAGGCUUCUUGAUAUUAUGGAGGAUUACCUCACCUUCAAGGGUUACAAGUACCUAAGGCUGGAUGGGCACACUUCUGGGGGUGAUCGUGGAGCUCUUAUUGAUCGUUUCAAUCAGCCAGAUUCCCCGUUUUUCAUAUUUCUGCUGAGCAUACGUGCUGGUGGUGUAGGGGUAAACCUUCAAGCAGCUGAUACUGUGAUAAUAUUUGACACUGACUGGAAUCCCCAGGUUGAUCUGCAAGCUCAAGCAAGGGCACAUAGGAUUGGUCAGAAAAGAGAUGUGUUGGUCCUUCGAUUUGAAACGGUCAAUACUGUUGAGGAGCAAGUAAGAGCUUCAGCAGAGCACAAACUUGGAGUUGCUAACCAGAGUAUUACUGCUGGCUUCUUUGACAACAAUACUAGUGCUGAAGAUCGUAGGGAAUACCUGGAGUCUCUUUUGCGGGAGCCGAAAAAAGAGGAGGCUGCUCCAGUUUUGGACGAUGAUGCCUUAAAUGAUAUUAUAGCUCGAAGUGAGUCAGAGAUCGAUGUCUUUGAGUCAGUUGACAAAGAACGAAAAGAAAAUGAGAUGGAAGAAUGGAAUAGUUUGGUGCUGGGGUCGGCUUCAAAUAGGAAUUCCACCCUGAUUCCACCCUUACCCUCCCGGCUUGUAACUGAAGAUGACUUAAAACAAUUUUAUGAAGCAAUGAAGUUAAAUGAUGUACCAAAAGUUGCUAUAGAACCUAAUGUUGGCAUGAAGAGGAGGGGUGUUUAUCUUGGAGGUUUUGAUACUCAACAAUAUGGAAGAGGGAAACGAGCAAGAGAGGUUCGAUCUUACGAAGAGCAGUGGACAGAGGAGGAGUUUGAGAAGAUGUGCCAAUCUGAAUCAUCUGAGUCUCCCAAAGUGAAGGAAGAAGCAAAUGCAAAGACUGUGCCAAAAGAUACAUCCAACGUUUCAACAGCGAACUCUGGAGAUGCAACACUCCCCACAUCUUCUACCUUACUAGUGACUUCACAAUCUGUGGAUCCCCAACCGCCACAGCCGCAGCAACUACCACUAAAAGAAGCAACACAAUCUGUAAAACGGGGACGUGGAAGGCCAAGGAGAGGUGAUAAAACUUUGACUGGAUUAGUACCUCCAAUUCCAAGUGGGACACAUGCAGCAGGGGAGUCCAGGUCAUUAACAAUAACUGGUUCUGAUUCUGCGAGCCCUGAAAGAAAGCAGGAAACAGCUUCUUAUCCUAGUUCAGCUGUUCCUCCAACUUCGCCUGAUAUGUCUGUUCCUCCUGGUUUUCAAUCACUUCCUGGAACCUGUUCAGCUCCGAUGCCAACUAGAGGACGGGGUAGGGGAAGAGGCAGAGGGCGUGGAGUGGGAAGGGGAAGGAGACUGGAUAAUCUCUUGCCUGCUACUGACAGUUCUAUAGGUACUGGAGCCGUUAGAGCUCUUGCUAGUGAUCCUGGGGCUUCAAAUUUAGUUACCAUUCCUGUUUCUACAACUGAGACUACAGCCACAGCUCACCCUCCUUGUGCAGGGAGUACAUCAAAUCCUCUGGCUGUACCUCCAGUGCCUUCUGACAUAGAUGCUCCGCCUGGUUUUGAUUCAGGACCUCACACACAAUCACAAGAUAGACCUGUAGAUUCAACAGGAAGAACAACUGAUGUAAUGAACAAGCCUGAUGCUUCAGAUGUGAGGAAUCAUUUAGGUAAUCAGUAUCCUGGAGUUCUUUCGAAGCAACCAGUUAGCUCGCCAAUCUUGACGGGCCCUACCUCUUUGGGUCCUGCUCCGGGUCCAAAACAGACUUCUGUCUCUUCGGCUACUAUGAGUCCUGCCCUUUCAAAUGCUAAUCCUUCAAUCAAUUCCUUGCCUGUUUGUUCUAAAGUUGAAGAAGGUACCACGCCUAUUAGGAGGCAAGGCCGGAAGAUGCAAAACAGAGAAGAAACUCCUAGACGCCGGGGAAGGAAAUCUCAAGCAUUUUCUGCUUCUGAUGGCUCUUCUGCACAGAGCACAAGAUUACCGCCGCAAACAGCGAUCAAAUCUGGUGAUUCAUCUGGCAGCAAAUCUAUAUCUGUUGGAAAGAAGCAUUAUACUGUUGCCCGAGAAGAACCCCCUUCCAGCCAGUUUGUUGCGCAUGACGCUCUCUCUUCUGGUAGUAUAAGUCAGGAUAUAAGAAAAAUAGAAGCUUCUGGUGUUCCUAGUUCUGGCAGGGUUCCGACUCCUGAUGUUACUGAUGUUGCUCGAGUCAUGAAAGAGAUUUUUUCAGAGACUUGUCUGUCGAAACCUAAGAUCGGGGAGCCAUCCGAAACAGUAGGGAAAAAUGUCUCCAAUGCGCAAUCCACGGGUAUGUUGGAUUUGCACACUGUUGAGACCAAUAACACAGGUAAGAAAAUGCAAGCUGCUGAGCCAAACUUGAGUGUAGCGCCUGUUGCUGGUAUCUCAGUCGAAGAGCAAAGAUCAGAGAAGUCAUUGAUUGUUGAUGAGAAUAUCAAACCUUCACCUGAAUCUGAGGCUACUGUUCCUCAAUCUGACGAUAUAAAACCUCUGAGUGUUAAGACUACUGACUCCAAAAGCCCUGUAGAUGAGAAGUUGGUUGACACAAACACGGAAGGCCAAGCAAUAGAUUGUCAAAGUGGCUGUCAUCUGCAGCAGACAUCGGCUUCUGGUGGUAAUUCCUUUGGAACUUCAUCUGGGACUUCUAUGCAAAAGGAAGAAGUACCUAUAGCAUCUCCCGUUGUUCCAAGAGUAUCCCAGAUGACUGAAAAUAUGUUUGGAGUCACCUCAGAAAAGUCCUUGGAAACUUCUCCUAAAGGUUAUGUUUAUAAUAUUGAACCUUCUGCAAUGCCCUUAAAUGCCGAUGGGAUCUGUUCCACAAUGCAGCUGUCCUUUUCGCACCCUUCAGCAUCAAGCGAACAGGGUUCUCCGAAGAAAGCUGAAUCUCUUGCAAAUAUUCAUGAAUCUUCUCCUGUUGACUCAGGUACUCGAGGAAACAAGAUUAUUUCCACUGAAGCUGAUGGUGCCAGCAAUUGCUCUGGAAUUAGUACGCAGGUACCGGAAAAUUCAGAUAAUUCUCCAACUAAAAAUACUUUGGAGCCAAGUGGUAUCAAAUCCGGAAAUGGGGAAUGGCAGGGACCUCCUGUGAAAACUGGUGGAGAUGCACAUGUGGAUGACAAACCUGUGAAGUCUCCAAUUCUGGUAGUUAAAGAUGAUGAUACCAAAAGGAAAAGAGAGGACACUUUGCAGGGUGAGACUUACAACUUCGAGCUGAGUUCUGUUGAAAAUCUGCCAUCUAUCCAACAAUUUGAUGGAUUGCCAACUGUUGAAUGUAACCAGGAGAAUCUCAGUGGGGAUGAUCUACAGCCACCGGUUGAGAUUACAAACGAUGACAACUCUAUGUCCCUUAUUAAUAGAAAUUAUGAUAGUCCUUCGACUGAUUCUGCCGAUACCAAACUACGUCCUGAAGAAGCUCCUUUGACACAAGGUGUUGGUAGUCACAAUGGUGGUUCGGGAACAGAAGCUCCUGCCGCACAGAUGGAGGACGCCAAUGACCUCAAUAUCCAAGUGGGUGGUUUGACAGAGAAUGAGGAGAGAGAAAAAGUUCUUCCAUCCAACUUAUCUGGAGAUACCCUCUGCCUUGCCGAUAAUGAGAAUGUUCACGAUGAUGAAGAGAACGAGUCGCCUGAAAAGGGCAUUCUUUCUUGCCCAAUGGAGGUGACUGAGCACAAGGGACUUGAAUCUGAAACACAUGGUCGCUCAAAUGCAAGUCAUGUUGAGGGACCAGAUGAUCGGGAUGAGAGUAUGACUAAUGACAGGAAAAUGGAUAUAUCAUCUGUCGAGUCUGGGUGUGAGACAAGUAUUGCUAUGCCUUUGAGUACAUCAACUGAUGUCCAGCCCUCAUCCUCCAUUUCAGUUGAGCAAAAGGAUUUGGAGGAUCUGAUUAUGCAGAAGGAGGAAUCCGAAGAUCCUGAAGCCGGCAAAGAUGGUGAUAUUCGUGUCGUUGAUAUAUCCGUAUGCUUAAUUCCAUCCAGUGAAGAAAAGUUGGCUUGUCAUGAAAUUGAUGUAUCCCACCCUGUGGCUGGAAAGGCUGCCCUGUCUCCACCAUCUACUCCUAAGCCGGAGGAAAACCGAAUUACAGAGAAAGAAAAUGCUGAAACUGCUGAAUGUUACAUGGAUGAGAUUGCUACAGAAAGUUUGUUGGAACCAAUGGGUGAUACAGUUAUUGAUUCACCCAAUAAGAACACAUCUUGCAGCAUGAUGGAACAGGAGGUAACAAAGGGAUCUGAAACUGUGGCAAACAUCGAUGUAGCCAAAAUUGUUGCCGAGGGUAAGGACUUUUCUGCUUGCCCUUUGAUGGAAGAAAAGGUUGAGAAUUUAUUGGAUGAAACGAACAAGUUUGAAGGUGAAGCCAGCAUUGGAACUGUUUCUGUUCAGGCAGAGUGUCUGUCAGGGAAUGUAGUUGCGAGAAUGGAUCCCACACCAAUGGAGGAAGAUGAAAAUAUGAGUGACAAGCCUGAGGGUAACGUGGCAGUUGAUGGCUUGGGGGAAACGGAGGAAUCUUCCAUGGUUGGCUCUGAUGAUGAAGCCAAUGACAAAGACAUCUCUGCUCAACCGGAGCAUUUGUCUUUGAGUCCUGAUGAAGAGAAGGAAAGCACCCAGUAUAAGGAAAAUGUAAAGAUAGGUUGCUUGGAGGAACGACAAGAAUCAAAGAUGCCAGAGAUUAUAUCAGACCAUGGGGAAAGUGGAUCCAGAGAUGGGUAUGCUUCCAUUCAACAAGAGGGCCUAUCUACUGAUUUUGUUGCAAGUUCUACACCAACGGAGGAAGAGAAGACGAGUGACCCAUCCAAAUCCAUUCAACAAGAGGAUGCAUCUGCUAAUCUUGUUGUGAGUUCUACACCAGUGGAGGAAGAGAAGAUGAGUUUGGAGUCUGAGGAAAAUGCAACUGUAGGAUGUUUGGAGUCCCACGAAAAUGCAACAGUAGGAUGUUUGGAGGAACAAAAAGAACCAAAGGGCUCAGAGGCAGAAUCAGAUCUCGGGAAAGGGGAAACCGGUGAAGGUGAUGUCUCUAUUCAACAAGAGAAUUCAUCUGCUAAUCUUAUUGCAACUUUGAUGCCUACACCAAUGGAGGAAGCUAAGUCAAGUGUUCAACCCGAGAAAGAUGCAAUGGAGGAAGAAUUUCCUUUUCAACAAAAGGAAAAUGCAAGUUUGAGCCUUUUACCAACAAAGGAAGGGAACACAAAUGACCAGUCCGAGGAAAAUGCAAUUGGUGGUGGUUUGGAGGUAUCAGAAGAACCAAAGAGCUCUGAGGUUGAAUUAGUAGACAACAGGGAAGGCGAAAUCCAUGACAUGGACGUUUCUACUCAACAAGAGGAUGCAUCUACUAUUCUUGCUGUAGCUUUGAGUCCUAAACCAAUGGAGGACGACAAGACAAGUAACCAGUCCAUGGAAAAUGAAACGGUGGGAGGUUUGGAAGAACGAGAAGAACCAAUGGGCUCCGAGGCAGAUUGCAAGGGAGGUGAAACCAGUGACAGGAACAUCUUUAUUGUAAAAGAGGAUCCCUCUUCGAACUUUGUCGAGACUUUGAAUCCUACACCAGCAGAGGAUGAGAAUGCAAGUGACCAGUCUCAGAAAAAUGUGGUACCGGUUGGUGGUCUGGAAGAACCAGAAGAGCCAAAGGGCUCCGAGGCAGAUCUGCCCUAAAGGAUGAUAAGGUCCUCGAUAAUCUUCAUGUCUUGUCAUGUGUUGGAUGAUUAUAAUAUACAUUUCCUAGAAAGAGGCACAGAGACUGCUUAAUGGGAUGGAGAGUGACUCGGAAAAUGGAGUAUGAAAGGCUAGUAUUGUUGUCACUUGUUAUUGAUUCCCAGAUGGAUUACUCUCUGCAUUUCACACAGGCAUGCGUUUUAUCGGUUCUUUUGAACCGACAGGCAUCGUCUAUUUGCAGACCGUUGCAGGUAAAUGUAUCGGUUCUGGUUAGGAAAUUAGUCAGUCAUCUGCCGUAUUCUAGUGCCGUCGGUCCAUUAGAUUAGAAAUGCUUGUAUCUAUUAGUUUGUCUUCUAUUCUGUGUAAGUCUACAAGUAACAGAGAGCCUCUCCUAUCAUAUUACCUUCAAAAUCUUAGAAUAUGCUUUCUUUAGCUUUAGCUCUUUGUUUCUUGGAAACGUUAGCUGAUUCAUUACAUUGGAAAGAACUAAGUUCUAAGUAGCUUUCGAUGUGAGAGCUUCUGAUUCGAGUUCUGUUAUGUGCCAAUGGUGAUGCAACUA